AUGUCACCUGUAGCUACACAUACCCCUUCAGCUCCCGCUCAACCAGUAGGUGGAAAAGCGAAAUUCUCAACUCAAGAAAUCAUCAAUCUUGAACAUGAAUAUUCUGCUCACAAUUACCACCCUUUACCCGUCUGCUUCGAAAGAGGAGAAGGUGCUCAUGUUUGGGAUCCAGAGGGAAAUGAAUACCUUGAUUUCUUAGCUGCUUAUUCAGCUGUCAACCAAGGUCACUGUCAUCCUGAUAUCUUGAAUACACUCAUAACUCAAGCUUCUAAACUUACCUUAUCUUCAAGAGCUUUCUAUUCAUCCAAUCUAGGUCCAUUCGCUGAAAAGAUAACCAAGAUGUUCGGAUUCGAAAUGGUCUUACCUAUGAACACGGGUGCCGAAGCAGUAGAAACAGCAAUCAAGCUAGCCAGAAAAUGGGGAUACGAAAAGAAGAAAAUACCAGAAGGAAAAGCUAAAGUAUUAAGUGUAGAUGGUAAUUUCCACGGAAGAACAAUUGGUAUUAUUUCAAUGUCGACUGAUCCUGAAUCAAGAGCUGGUUUCGGUCCUUUCUUGGAAGGUGUGGGACCUAAUUGGGAUACCGGAUUGAUCCGUUACAAUCAUCCUGAAGACUUGGAAAGAACACUUGAGAAAUACGGUGAUGAAGUUGCCGCAUUUUUGGUUGAACCUAUUCAAGGUGAAGCUGGUAUCUACGUUCCUGAUGAUGGAUACCUCGCCAAGAUCCAUGAGAUCUGCAAGAAAUACAAUGUCUUGUUGAUCUGUGAUGAGAUCCAAACUGGUCUUGCCAGAACAGGUAAAAUGCUCUGCUACGAAUGGGACGGUAUCAAACCCGAUAUGGUCAUCCUCGGAAAAGCUUUGUCUGGUGGCAUGUACCCCGUGUCAUGUGUUAUGGCAAGCAAGGAAAUUAUGCUUACCAUCAAACCUGGAGAACAUGGAUCUACUUAUGGAGGAAAUCCAUUGGGAUGCGCAGUAGCAAUGACUGCUUUAGAUGUUCUAGUCAAAGAAGAUUUAGUCGAAAGAUCAGCUAAAUUAGGAGAAUUAUUCAGAUAUGAACUUCGGAAACUGAAUUCACCAUUCAUCAAAAUCAUCCGAGGAAGGGGAUUAUUCAACGGUGUUGUCAUUGAUGAAAAAGUUUCAAAGAAAGGAAGAACAGCUUGGCAGUUAUGUUUAUUGAUGAAAUCUAAAGGUUUAUUAGCUAAACCCACUCAUGUCAAUAUCAUUCGGUUCGCUCCUCCUCUUGUCAUUUCAGAAGAAGAUAUAAUCAAAGCCACAAAGAUAAUCGCUGAGUCCCUUGAAGAAUUUGACGUCAUCGAGAAGAUCCCAGGAGAUGAAGGUGAUGAACAUGAUACCGUCAUUGAGCUCGAAGAUUAA